GUAGCACAAAGGAGUUUUUGGCGUAAUAAAAUUAAAAGAUGGCAGAUUGGCAGGCUGGCGGACUGUGUGUGUUAAAGAAAUUUUGUGCUUUUGGUGGGUUUUCUAAAGUUGUAAUUUUCCUGGCAUAAAUCUUUGGCGGCCAAAAAUGGAGAAAUCCAAUCAGGUCAGGGAACAUUUAACUCAAUAUACAUGGACAUGUACUUUCUUUGAGUAAAAAAAUCCCGACUGCACUUCUGGCCAAUGACCAGUGAUGAUAUUGAGGCUUGACUUUCAAUAAUAGAGCACGCCAAACCAUGCUGUGUUGCAUGCAAAUAUGCCAAUGAAAUUUAAUUUAGAGAUGAUUAAAAAUUCAAUGCAUGUUGAUACAAUCAAUGCAUGAUAUUACUCUAUUAUCCAUAGUAUCAGCUGUUAUUAUUGAACAUUGACUGGAAAAACAUCAUCUGACCUUCAAUAUAUGAAUUUCUUUUGUCAACAGAUUUUGUGCUUUCGAGAGGUUCUUCUUUGUGAUAACCUUAAUAGCAACAGACUGAUCACGUCUCUGCAAAAAUGAACAAAAUUUUGAGCAUUUUAACAUGCAGUGCACAAUAUAUUUUUUUGGGGGGAAGGGGGGUGGAUUUAAGCCAAUUUUGAAUGAUAUACCAUAGCAUAACAGAUUAACGUUAGAAUAUAAAAAUAAUUUAGAAUGGUCCAGAUUUGAUUAAGUGCCAAUGAAAGACAUAUAUAUAGUAUUUUACGUGAUUACGUAAAUUGGUUUGUUCUUGUCCAAAGAAACCUUUUUGUAUAUUUUUUUCCUACGCGAUUAUUUAUAGCAAAAUUUAUCAUUAUGGCUGGUUUCGGUUGUUUUAAAACAUUCUGUACGGGAUUUAGCGCUAAAAACUUGCCAAUGACAAGGCGAAAAUACAUUGAAAGAGAGCAAACGAAAAUAUACAUAUAUUACGAUAUGAUCUAAUGUUUUUAGCAGGAAGACCGAAGACGUUUUAAAAAUAUGCGUUCUAACUUACUUGGCGGUUUCUUCCUUUAAAUACGACAGCAAAAGCUCCAUGACCUAUUAAAUCUUUUCGCCUGUAUUCAAAAUCUCCGACGUUAAUAAUAUCUGCCAUUGGCGAACUUGACCUCCAAGGGUUUUUGGCGCUUGGAAUCGAAACGCGUUGAAUUGACGCCUAAAUAAAGCCUUGUUUCCAUAGAUUAUUCUCUCCCCGAAGGACUAUGGCUACUUCGUCAUAACAUUGUACAGCUAUUUCGGCUAACGUUGUCCAUUUUAACACAACAGCAGUCGUUCUAAAGAAAAACUUGAUUUCUCUCCAUUGUUGACAAGGUUUUGUUUACUUCGCAAUGUUUAUCACACAAGAAAUGAGCCCGCCAUUUCAUAUAAUUGCGGAUAUUACGUCGGUUUACCAACGUCACUUGUCGUAUCAAUUUCGUGGUCAGCUCGUCUUCCGAAUCUUGAGCACUGAGCUAUAUAUAAACUGGAGAGAGUGUUCCUUCCGGUUAUAUUACAAGUUAUAUUACUCUCUUUGCCAUAUUUAGCUACUUCAUUUUCUCCGUUCCCAUCAGAGGUUUCCCAUCAGAAGGUUUUCACUUGAAAAGUUUUCAAGGAGAGACAAAGGAGAAGGGGGGGGGAUAUGCGUUCCCGUUUUCACUUGAAAAGUUUUCUAUUAUUAUAAAAAGGAUUUCACCAUCUGGCUAAUUUUCUGUGUUUAUUAUGCCUUAUCACCCCCUUGUUCCCUAAAAAACACUGGGAGGGUACGAGGUCGCCUGCGAGACCCUCUAUGGCCACGAGAGGUAUAGGUAGGUAGGUAGGUAGGUAAAAUUGCAUUUAUGAAUGUUGGUAAUGUAUCUGAAAAUUCUGAAUCACGCAUCUCUGCAGGUGAUGAGUUCCACAAUUUAGCUUCAUCACAACAGAAGCUUUUCUUAAGGUUUUCAGUUUUUGGCAAAGGUAGUUGCAGCGAGGUAGAGGAGCCCCUAAGAUCAUAUUCUGUUAUGUUUCUUUUGUGUACAAAGAGAGUAGCGAGUGAACUUGUGGCCAAAUCAUUUAGAACUUUGUACAUUUGUUUAACUUUAGAUUUGGCUUGUCGAGUUUCAAGAGGCUCCCACCCUAGAGCGUUUAUUGCUUCUAUACCAGGUGUAUUGUACCUCAAAUUCAUUAUUAUUCUUGCAGCUCUAUUCUACCAAGUGUAUCCCUCAGGUAUUCCUCGACGAACUUCAGCAAUGCUAAGUUAUUAUUGGCUAUUGCAGUGAAAUGCUAAAUUCUUAUUGGUUAAUUUACCAGCUUUGCGAUUGAAAAAAAAGACAUCCUAGCCCGCGCACAGGCAUUGCUCUGGGUACGAGAUUGCGCCCGCAAUAUUACGGCAAUCAUCCGGGAAUUUAUUAAGGCGUCAUCAUAAAUUGUGACGUCAAAAUUGGCUUCCGCAAGUUCGAUCUUUUCUCAAGAUCUUCCACCUGAGACGAGUUCAGCACACGUGCAAUGUAAGUUUUAUGCCAUUUCUUUUACUUUUUAUUCGAGUUUUAACGAUAUAAUGUACGAAUAUACCUUACGUGAUACUGUUCUUUCGUUUUGUGCCGAAAUUGUUGCGAAAACGCGUCGAAAAGUGCGAGCAAAACGCUUGCAAAAAUCGCCGGUUUUGGCCAUGUAGGGCAAGUAUAAUAUGCAUUGUGAAAUCUUUUUUCUGUUGCUUGCUUGUUGCAAAUCUGAUGGAUUUUUUAAGGCAAUGAACACAUUGUCUUGGGACUUAUUUUAUCAUUUAAAUAACUUCCAAACUUUUAUGAUAGCAAACCGAGAUACUUGUAGUGCAAUGAGAAUUCUUGUUUUUAUAGCGUCGCGUCCUAUAAAGUUAUAAACUAAUAUAAAUUUUCGUUUGCCAUUUGGCUUAUAGAUUUAGAAAAAAAGUUGAAAAAGUUUUGGAUAAGGGACGAAUUAUUAAAAUAUAGAAGAAUUUUUCAAUUGAAAUCCGUUGAGAUUUCGUGUGCUUGCGUUUGCAUACAUGAUCGACUUUGAUCGUAUAUUUGAUUCGAAUUUCAAUUUGGCUGAAAUAAUUUUCAGCAUUGUACUUUGUACUGCCGUGCCAAAAUUGGGCUGUACUCCUUAAGUAUAUUAGACAGAUUGUUGUACACUGUACUGUAUUGAAUACCCGGUUUUCUGUGUGAUUUUUAAUGCAGGUUUUCAGUUUAUAAAAAAAUAUUUCAAAUUCUAGGAAAUGAGUUCAUUUCAACAUUUUUAGGAAAUUGUGCAUUUUAUUGUACCCAAGUAAUCACUGAAUCAUUGGAAUUCCCCACACUUGAGUAGUGGUAGGCAGGAUGGUUAGCUCAGAAUAUCCCCAGGGGUGGAGCCCCACUGCACUGUACUUUAUCACAAUGCCGCAGAUACAAAUCUCUAUUUACACCUAAAAUUUCAUUUUGUUUGUAACAAGCAUUUGAGGGUUUCAAUUAGCUCAGCCAAUCAGGGCGAGGCUAGAGGAUUUACAUGAUUGGAUUUAAACCUGUCAAAAUGCUCUUUUCACAAGAAUUUAAAGUUACGUGAACAUAGGUGAUUUUGUUGUAACUGUCCGGUACUUACAUGCAAACAACUGUAUAAUAGAUUGUCAACCCUUGAUUAUCAGGUAAAUUUUCAAGUAAAAGGAACUGUUGUCUAAUGUAUAUACACAUUUUUCUUUCAGAGAAAUCUAAACAAAUAUGGCAGAGAAAACCAAGAAACUUGGUUUUGCUGAAAACUUUGCCCUCAGCGGUGUCGCAGCUGUAAUCUCAAAAACUGCCGCUGCUCCUAUUGAACGUAUCAAGCUUCUGGUUCAAAACCAAGAUGAAAUGCUCAAGACUGGUCGUCUGGCCGAGCCAUACAAGGGUGUCAUCGAUUGCACAAUGAAGACCUACCGUUCAGAAGGUUUCUUGCCUUUCUGGAGGGGUAACUUGGCUAACUGCAUCCGUUACUUCCCCACGCAAGCUCUUAACUUUGCUUUUAAAGACAAAGUGAAAGCUGUUUUCAAGAUCAGUAAGACAGACGGGUCUGCCAUGAAAUUCACGAAGAAUAUUGUUGCUGGUGGUUGUGCUGGUGCAAUGUCCCUUGUUUUUGUGUACUCCUUGGAUUACGCUCGAACCAGGUUGGCCAAUGACACUAAGGCUGCUGGGAAGGGUGCUGAACGUCAAUUCAAUGGUCUUGUUGACGUCUACAGAAAGACCUUGAAAAGUGAUGGUAUUCAAGGGCUCUAUCGAGGCUUUGCCAUUUCCUGUGUGGGUAUCAUUGUCUACCGAGGUUUCUACUUUGGUCUCUAUGACACACUCAAGCCAAUUAUGUUGGGCGAAGAUGCAGGUUUGUAUUUUGCAUUUCAAUUAAGUUGUUCAGAUGAUUUUACUUGAAACAAGCCCAUUUUCAUGUGUAAUUGAGAUGGUUUGAUAAACAUUCUUGUAUGUGCAUAAUAACAAGUCUUCUUGCCCUCCUUCUCAGGUUGAAAAAUUCCAUUCCAUUUUCAGUCAGAUGGCAAGAAGGCAUAUAAAGAUACACAGACAUAAAAGAAUAUUUACAUCCGUCUCUAUUAAUAUAAAAUUGGUUUACGAGACCCACUUCACAUGAACUAUGCGACCUACUUGGUCUAUGGGCCCCUUUUGUCUCUUGUUAACCCGCCAUUCUACAAUUUCCCACAUAUUCAAACUACUUUGUUUUACCUUGUCUUAUGCCAGAUGAUUUUGUUUUGCUUUAGGUCUUGUUCUGUCAUUUUGCCUUGGCUAUGCCGUGACUGUCAGCGCCGGUCUGGCAUCUUACCCAAUUGAUACUAUCCGAAGACGUAUGAUGAUGACAUCGGGAGAGGCUGUCAAAUAUAAGGGCUCGAUAGAUUGCUUUUUGCAAGUUGUGCGUAACGAGGGUGCUCUGUCACUGAUGAAGGGUGCUGGUGCUAAUAUCUUGAGAGGUGUUGCAGGCGCUGGUGUGCUCGCAGGUUUCGAUAAAUUCAAGGCUCUCUACAUCGCAUGGCGUCUCACUUGAACAAAUGAACAGUAACUUAUCUGCCAAAUAUGGAGUGCAGGUCAACUCUUUCAAAACUUGGACAACUUUAACCAGGCACUUUCGAGUGAUUUUGCAGAAAUAUGACUUUUUCAGUAAAAAAUUAAUUUCACAUUAAUAGACUCUUUAUGUUUGUUUUAUUUUCUCUUCUCAAUAAAAGACAAUUUAAAUAAUGACUCUAUGUUCUGUUGGUUUCUAAUCUACACACGUAAAAAUCUCACAACUUGUCAACAAGAUGUGUUUGCAACAGGCUUGCAGCAAGCUUGUCAACAAGUUGUAACAAUGCUGUUAUUUUAUCAAGUUGCUACAAGGUUGUCACUCACAACUUGUUGACAAAUUGUCGAAUUGCAGGACGAUAACAAGUCGUUGGAACAACUUGGAACAAGUCUGUUGAACUCAACAACCUUGUAGCAAGUUGUCAACAAGCCGUUGACAACUUGUCAACAAGCUGGGAACAAGCAGUGCGAACACAUCCUGUUGACAAGUUGUUGGAACAGCAUUGCUACAAGUCUGCUGCAGGUUUGUUACAACUUGCGUGUUUUUACGUGUGUAGUAUGCAGACAAGACAAAAAUACACUUAAUUAUGUUUUUAAAUUUGUUUUUCACCUGUAUCCGUCUUUGCCAACACUGUGAACUUAGCGUGUUUUCUUUGUCAUGUUCGCAUACUAGAUCCGAAAGUUCUCCAGUAACUAGUACUGUGAAAAAAUGAACCCAAUAGACACUUUUGAAAUUUGCUUCAGUGCACAUGAAUAAUUUUUAGUUGAGGCUGACAAUGUUAUAAUCUAAUAUGCAUGUUGUAGUCCAUUGUUAGCUUCGAAGCAUGCACUCAAGGUCUAUGUUCAACUAGCCACAAAUAUGAUUUUUUGUUUGUGUAUUAAUAUUUGGGUCAUUCUAAGAAGAAGUGUUAUGUAUCUUUGUAGUAAAAAACCUUGUCUUGUCAACUUUUUCGCUGUCAUUAGGUGAAUUCUUGGUACAAAAAAAGAAACUAAUUUGCAAUUUACCUAACCAUAUCAUAUCUGGAAACUUUAACAGUGAAAAAGUUGAUCAAGAUGGGAUUUUUUACUAUAAAGAUAUAUUACAUUUCGUCUUUGAAUGACACAAAUAUUACACAUACAAUAAAUCCUAUUUAGGGUUAGUCACACUUUAAAACAAAGAGACAUCUGCGGUAUGAAGGGUAUACAACUACUAUAAAGUCAAAGUUGAAAGUUGAAAGUUCAGCUUAUAGUUUUCAGGUAGUUGUAUUAUCCUUCCCACCACAGCUGUUGGUUUAGUCUCGACCUACAACGGCACCGACUGUUGUAUUUUGAAAUGUCCAAUUAGGCAUUACCCCCCUUGAACAAUGUUUGCUUGUGUAUAACAUUGGUGAUUAAAAGGAAUUAGCAUGGUUUAUAGUUGAUUGUCUUCUGCUUGGGGACCAUUAUUUAAUUUUUGUGUAUUGCAUCACAUUUCAUAAAAACUAUCUCUACCACUUGUAUUUAUUUUUCCUCUUUUUCUUCAGCCGCUUGACAUUCUUUCCCGACCCUGAUUUGGAUGUCUUCUUUGGUUUCUUUUUCUUCGCUUUUAUCACAGAUUGAUUUUCAGACACUGCAUCCAUAGUCUCGUCUACAUCUCCUGGUAAAUAUACGUCAUAGCAGAGAGCUUACA